AUGCCGCAUGCCGCCUGCCGCCCGCCACCACCAGAGCCUAGAUCCGGCUGCCACCGGCCUCCACUAACCGGAUCCGGAGAGGGAGGGCUGGAUCUCGAGAGGGAGGCGGCACCGGGACGAAAGGUCGGGAGGGGCUCCGUCCGAAAAUCAUCGGCCGAUGGUUCCCGUCCGAGCGUUUGGACGGGAAGAAUUACGGAUGAUAUCCUCGCGCGGCGGGAGGACAAAGGCCAGCUCUGGUCGUUCGUCGACGAGAACGGCGGCAGGGUCAUGUGGUGCCCCGGCCCCGGGUGCUCCCGCGCCGUGGAGUUCGUCGGCUGCACCGGCGACGCGACGGACGUGUUCUGCGAGUGCGCGCACGGCUUCUGCUGGAGCUGCGGCGAGGAGGCGCACCGGCCGCUGUCGUGCGUCACGGUGCGCGCGUGGCUGGCCAAGAACGUCUCAUACUCGGAGACGGCCAACUGGGUGCUGACCCACACCAAGCACUGCCCCAAGUACCGGCGGCCGAUCGAGAAGAACCAGGGGUGCAACAACAUGACGUGCAGGCCCCCCUGCAACCACCGUUUCUGCUGGAUCUGCCUGCAAUCAUAUGGACGCAGUCACAUCGUCUGCGAUGGCAACCGGGCACGGCCGGACAAGGUCAACGCCGGCGGCGGCAAGGACGAGCGACGGCGGGAGCAAGCCAAGGCGUCGUUGGACAGGUACCUGUACCACUACGAGCGCUGGGCGGCCAACCACACGUCGCUGCAGAAGGUUUUCAAGGACAUGGCCGACCUGGAGCGCUCGGGGCUGCGAUCUGGGUUCCUGAACAAGGCGUACGAGCAGGUCGCCGACUGCCGGCGAGUCCUGCGGUGGGCGCACGCGUACGGCUACUUCCUGGACCCCAAGCGUGACGCCAUCAAGCGCAACCUGUUCGACCAACUUCAGAAAGACGCCAACAUGUCGCUGGAGCGCCUGCACGGCUGCGCCGAGGUGGAGAGGAUGGAGCUCUGCGCCGGCGACGCGGCCGACGUCGCCGAGAGGUACAAGAGCUACAAAAAGAGCUUCAGAGCCUCACCCAGCCGGCGGACAACGGCGGCGGCGGCGGUGGCCCCGUGGUGGCCAUGGCGCUCAGCAGCCGGCGGCUCGUCUGCGGCAUUUGCUUCGUCAGGUUCAGCGCCGGGAGGACGAGAUUGGCCGGGUGCUGCUCGCACUACUACUGUGACGCGUGAUGGUGCGGGUACGUCCACUCGGCCAUGGGCCACGGCGCGCGCUGCCUGUCGCUGCGGUGCCCGGACACAGCCUGCUCGGCGGCCGUCGUACGCGGUGGCCAACGGCGCCGACAGGGACCGGUACGUGCUCCGAUCGUACGUGGAGCUGAGCGGCGGCGGCGUCAAGUGGUGCCCCGCCGCCGGGUGCACGCGCACCCUGGAGUUGGUCGGCGACGGCGCGGACGUUUUUUGCGAGUGCGCGCAAGGCUUCUGCUGGAGCUACGGCGAGGAGGCGCACCGGCCGGUGUCGUGCGGCACGGUGCGCGCGUGGCGGGCCAAGAACAUCUCCGAUUCGGAGACGGCCAACUGGGUGCUGACCCACACCAAGCACUGCCCCAAGUGCCGCCGGCCGAUCGAGAAGAACCAUGGCUGCAGCCACAUGACGUGCCGCGCCCCCUGCUACCACCAGUUCUGCUGGCUCUGCUUCGACCCGUGGCGCUGCCACUUGCGCUGCUCCCGCUUUGAUUACACUGAUUACCUUCAGCAGGACGUCGACGGUGAGGGCGGUGAGGAGGAGAGGCGGCGGCGAAGGCAAGCCAAGGCGUCGCUGGAUAGCCGACGACGACGGGGCUGCAUCGGCGAGGUCGACGAUCCCAGUGACGAGUACGCAGUGGAGGAAGAAACGAAGGCCGCCAAGCCGACGUACAAUGUGCUAACCGACGACAUCAUCCUGGCGCGGCAAGAGAAGGACACGGCGACCGUGGCCGAGGUCCUGUCGAUCCCGCAAGCCUUCGCGGCCGUCCUGCUCCGCCACUUCAAGUGGGGAGCCAGCCAGGUACAGGACGAGUGGUUCUCCGACGACCGCCGCGUGCGCGACGCCGUCGGCCUGCAGCCGGCGGACGACGGCGGCGGCGGCGUCCCCGUGGUGGCCAUGGCGCUCAGCAGCCGGCGGCUCGUCUGCGGCAUUUGCUUCGUCAGGUUCAGCGCCGGGAGGACGAGAUCGGCCGGGUGCUGCUCGCACUACUACUGCGACGCGUGCUGGUGCGGGUACGUCCACGCGGCCAUGGGCCACGGCGCGCGCUGCCUGUCGCUGCUGUGCCCGGACCCGGCCUGCUCGGCGGCCGUCGUCGAGGAACUCGUCAACGCGGUGGCCGACGGCGCCGACAGGGACCGGUACGCGCUCCGAUCGUACGUGGAGCUGAGCGGCGGCGGCGUCAAGUGGUGCCCCGCCGCCGGGUGCACGCGCGCCCUGGAUUUGGUCGGCGACGGCGCGGACGUUUUCUGCGAGUGCGCGCACGGCUUCUGCUGGUGCUGCGGCGAGGAGGCGCACCGGCCGGUGUCGUGCGGCACGCUUCAGCAGGACGUCGACGGUGAGGGCGGUGAGGAGGAGAGGCGGCGUCGAAGGCAAGCCAAGGCGUCGCUGGACAGGUAUCUGUACCACUACGAGCGGUGGGCGGGCAACGGCAAGUCGCUGCAGAAAGCGCUCGCCGACAUGAACGAGCUGCGGAGCUCGGGGCUCGAGAAGAUGGCCGCCUCGCUGGAAAUCCAGGUGGAGGACCUCGAGUUCCUGAUCAUGGCGUACGAGAUGAUCGCCUACGGCAGGCGGGUGAUGCGGUGGGUGUACGCGUACGGGUACUACCUGGACCCGGGGCACGACGUGUGCAUGCGCCAUCUGUUCGACCGGCUGCAGGAUGACGCCAACCGGUGGCUGGAAGACCUGCACCACUCCGCCGAGGUGGAGAGGAUGAAGUUCUACAGCGGCCACGCCGGAUCCGUCAUGAACGAGACGUACAGGGCCUACAAGCAUCAGCUUAUCGAUGUGUUUUUUUAA